AGGGCGGUCCAGGGCCGGGCGUGCGGGGAGUCGAGCUGCGGUCCCGCAACCGCCUAGCGCAGCGCAGCAGCGGAGCCCUUCGGACCCCGCCGCGCCGCGAUCCGUUGCGGGGUGCCUGGGCUCCCGUCGCACGGACCCCCGCGUUCUGCCGCACCGCGUCCCGCUGCUCGGACCCCGGAUCCCACUACACCGACACCCAUUGUGCGGUGCCCGGCUCCUGUUGCACGGACCCCACCGCUGCGGGACCCCACCGCCCAGUCUCCUAUCGCAGCCCGCCUGCGGACCCCGUCGCACCGAGCCCCGCUACACGGUGCCCGGACCCCGCCGUUGCGGGGACCCCAUCGCACGGACCGCCGGUGCGGCGGGCAUGGCAACCGGGAGCCGGCCCUGGGGGGCACUGCCGCUGCUGCCGCCGCUGCUGCUGCUGCUGCUGCCGGCGGGGUGCCGGGCGGGCGGCGGGUGCGCGGCGGAGGGCGGCCCGCUGCUGGAGCCCUUCGACGCGCUGUACGCCGGCGGCGUGGAGGCGUACUACGGCGGCGACUUCGCGGGCGCGGCGCGGUGCCUGGAGCGGGCGCUGCGGAGCCGGCGGGAGCUGCGGGACGCGCGGUUGCGGUGCCGCCGGCGCUGCCGCGGGCAGGUGCGGUUGGCGGCGCCGGGGCCGGGAGCCGGGGGCGACCUGCCCUUCUUCGGCUCGGUGCUGCGGCGUGCCGGCUGCCUGCGGCGCUGCGAGGAACCGCGCCUGGGGGCCGCCUCCCGCCACCGCGCCGCCGAGGAGGUGCGCGCCGACUUCCAGCGCAGGGUGCCCUACAGCUACCUGCAGCGCGCCUACAUCCAGCUGAACAAGCUGGAGGAGGCAGCAAACGCAGCUCAUACCUUCUUCAUGGCAAACCCUGAGCACAUGGAGAUACAGCAGGACAUCGAGAACUACAAGACCACGGCAGGGAAGGUCAGCUUGAUUGACCGGGAGGCCAAGCAGCACAUGGAGGACUAUAGUGCUGGGGUACGGCACUAUGACAAAGAGGAGUAUGAGCUGGCCAUUGACUUCUUGGAGCGUGCACUGAAAGGGUACUACUCUGAGGAUGAAGACUGCCAGAUCAUGUGUGAGGGACCGCAGAGAUUUGAGGAGCACGAGUACCUGGAAUAUAAGGCUGGCCUCUAUGAAGCUAUUGCAGAUCACUACAUGCAAAUCCUGGCCUGCAAACAUGACUGUGUCCGAGAACUUGCCACACGUUCAGGCCGUAUCUCACCCAUUGAAAAUUUCCUUCCCCUCCAUUACGACUACUUGCAGUUUGCCUAUUACAGAGUUGGUGACUAUGUAAAAGCCCUGGAGUGUGCCAAGUCCUACCUACUCUUCCACCCAGAUGAUGAAGAUGUUUUGGAGAAUGCAGGUUAUUAUGAGGGCCUCUUGGAAGGUACGAUGGAUCCAGACACUGUCAAACCCAGAAAGGAAGCAAAAACACUGCUGCGGCGCCAUAAGCUGGAGUCUCACCUCUUGCAGGUGGCUGCGGCUGGCCUCGGAUACACCUACACAGAACCGAACUACUGGAACAGGUACGGUGCCCGCCAGGAUGAGCACAGUGUCCCAUCAAGUAUUAGCAGUGAACCAGAAGAUGGGCCCAGGCUGUCCCUGGCAAAGAAACCCAUGCCGAAACCGGAUCGAGAGUUGAAGGAGGGGGGUCCGCUUCUCUACAGUGAUGUGAAGUUUGUCUACAACUCGCAGCAGCUAAAUGGCACCCAGCGAGUACUACUGGAUAACGUCAUCUCAGAGGAGCAGUGCCGAGAGCUUCACAGGGUGGCCAGUGGGAUCAUGUUGGCUGGAGAUGGUUACAGGGGCAAAACCUCCCCCCACACCCCAAACGAGAGAUUUGAAGGAGCCACCGUCCUCAAAGCCCUCAAGUAUGGCUACGAGGGCCGUGUCCCGCUGAAGAGUGCCCGGCUCUUCUACGACAUCAGUGAGAAGGCUCGCAGGAUCGUUGAGUCCUACUUCAUGCUGAACUCCACACUCUACUUCUCCUACACCCACCUGGUGUGCCGCACCGCCCUCUCUGGCCAGCAGGAGAGGAGGAAUGACCUAAGCCACCCCAUCCAUGCUGACAACUGCCUCUUGGACCCUGAGGCCAACGAGUGCUGGAAGGAGCCUCCUGCCUACACCUUUCGGGAUUACAGUGCCCUCCUGUACAUGAAUGCAGAUUUUGAAGGUGGCGAGUUCAUUUUCACUGAGAUGGAUGCCAAAACUGUAACGGCCUCCAUCAAGCCCAAGUGCGGGCGAAUGAUCAGCUUCUCCUCAGGCGGUGAGAACCCCCAUGGGGUGAAGGCAGUUACCAAAGGCCAGCGGUGCGCCGUGGCUCUCUGGUUCACCUUGGACCCACUUUACAGGGAGCUGGAGCGAAUCCAGGCAGAUGAAGUGAUCGCAAUGUUGGACCAGGAGCAUCUAGGACCCAGUGAAAUGAAUAUCAACCCGAAGGAUGAGCUAUGAACUAGGCCAAAGACUUUUUCUAUUAAAUAUUUAUUUAAUAUUGUUAAUCUUAUUAGAACCCUUCUAUUUUUGUACAGAGCCACUGUAUAAAUUAACAGGUUAAUAUGAUUGUGGAGUUUCAGGAGUACCUCUUCUGUGUUUAGCACAGUUCUUGCUGGGACCCCUCAUCUCUGCGCCAGCAUCUCCUGCUGGGACUGACUCUGCCUCUGGGAUUCCCUGUCCUUCCCUAGCACUUCUCAGGACUUGUUCAGGCCCACUGUACCCCCUUGGAGAACCUCUUUUUUUUCUUUCUCAGCCAGAAAUAGCUGCUUCUCUUUAGCCUCUGCUAGAGAAAUGCCUCAGGUGUGAUAAUGGACCAGUCUUCCUGCUACGUGCUGGCUGAAGACCCGGGCGGUGCUGCCCUGGGGGAAACGGGAGCACCAAGUCAGUUAUUUCCAUCUCAGAGCCCUUCACCAUUUGAAAUAUGCUUUUUAGGGAAAAAAAAAACCAAAGGAAAACCCAGGUCCUAGCAAAAUGCAUAUCUCUCUGUAGCCAUGCAAAGCUGGUGUUGGGUAUUAAUUCCAAGUAGAGCUUCCAGAAAUCAUCUGCUGGGCAGGGGCUUGAGCUGUGCCCGAGUGAGAAGGGGUUUGCUUUGCAGCUGACUGUGGUGAAAUAGGGUCUAUCACUCAUGUUCAGUCCCUGCUCUUACUAAUGGCUUGGGAUGCAUGAAAGUAACUGCUUCAUACCACAUCCUUUGAGCUUCCAACCCAGUGCUGCUGCCUGUAAAACCCAAGGUUAAAAGUCCUCAUUUCCAGGUGUGUGUUGGAAAGCAGCAGAAAGGCUCAGGGAUGUUACAGUGCCAUUUUGUUGGAUGAUUUGUACUUCAGAUGUCCUGGCUGCAUCCUCCCAUCCUGACAGUGCAGAAGCAGUGGAUGUUCACGGUGUGGUAGCAUCUAUUUGCUCAGGAGUAUGUCUGACCCAGUCUGAGGGUGUUGCAUUGAAAGCACAUGUUGCUUAUCACAAGAGAUUUACUAUGCCAGCAACUAUUGUUAAGUUAAUAAAUCAUCCCUCUACCACCAUUAAAUUAACUCCUGUGCAUGAGGCCAGAGCAGCCUCUACCUCAAUCGGAAUGAGCACUGAAUUCACAGAAUUGCCCACAUCCCAGACAUAGGAACAGCUUUUAUUUUGAUCCAACAGCUGCUGCUGCUGCUAGAAAGCAGUUCCUAAAAGGCAGGUUGCAGCAAUCUUUACUGUUUAAUUUACUGCAAGGCUACUGUCUCUCCAGAAAGCAUUGCAGGGCUCUUGGCUGGAGUCUGCAUUCCUGAGCAGCUUUGCUCAGCUCCCUGCUGCAUUGGCACUUUCUCAGUCCUUUUCUGCUCCCUUCUGCCAGCUUUGGCAUUCCCAGGCCUUAAGAUCUGCAGUAGGGAAUUGUCUUUUCUCUUUGUUUAUGCACCUUGUGCCUAUCCAACUCUUACACGCUCAGCAGCACCCUUCUCAUUCAGUCACUGGCUGCAAAGGCCAGAGACAAGGAUGGGUCUUCUGCAGAGACCUCCUCAAAAGCUGGUCCUGGACAAGAUAAAGGGGCACUCAGUUCAUCUAGAAAAAUGCCCAGACUGUGAAGGGGGCACUAUUACCACCUAGGAGAUGAUGGGUCAUUUGCUGCACAUCCUCCAAUGUUGAAUCUGGAGAGGGGAAAGCUCUGAGUGUUUCUGAGCCACCAGUGUGGCUUGUUUCUUUGAGGUUAUCCCCCUUCCUCAUAGACUGUUUAAAAGACUCAUUGUAUUGGCUCCCCAAGGAACUGCCCACAGUUUACCCUGCAGAGACCCUUCCUUGCUUAAAUACCUCCCCUGUAAAUGCUUAACCCUUCUUUUUUAAAAAAUAACCAGAGGAAAAGCUGGAGGGACAAAGGGGAGAACAGCCAGAGAGCCAAAACACAGGCUGUGUUGUCCCCCAACCUGCACCACACUACUGCAUCCAAGGCUUGAUGCCUACAUGCUGCACCUUCAGUGUGAAUUUGUGCUGCCACCCCACAACAACCACAGCCCGAGCGCAUUCUGCAGAGCUGCCCUCUCCAAGAAGCUCCGUGCAGCCCCUGCCUUCCUGGGGCUGCAGGGAUCCCACCAGCUGGUCCUCCUUCAUGGAGAUGGUGGGGCUGGCACCGGUUGUUGUUUGUUUGCUGCUGUGAUGGUUAGCCAGAGCUGUGUCUAAGUCCAAGGGAAAUAAACUAAACACAACCUCUG